AUGAGUGUUGCUCAUUUAAUGAGUUUUGAUAAUCCUGUUUUCAGGACAUAUGCUUUUUACGUUGGUGUUUUAGCUUUAAAAAUGUUGGCGAUGUCAUUGUUAACUGGUAGAAUCAGAUUCAAAAAGUUGGUUUUUUCCAGUCCUGAAGAUACCAGAAAAAUGAAAAAUGCAAAAGUCAAAUAUGAUGAUCCUGAUGUUGAAAGAGUUCGAAGAGCUCAUAUGAAUGAUUUAGAAAACAUUCCAACGUUUAUCGUUGCAGCUUGGCUCUUUUUAUUAACUGAUCCACCAGUUAAUUUGGCUAUUAAUUUAUUCAGAGUAUUUACUUGUGCUAGAAUAUUACAUACAAUUGUUUAUGCUGUCGUUGUUGUUCCUCAGCCUGCUAGAGCUAUAUCAUGGGGAGUAGGUUAUUUUAUCACAAUUUACAUGGUUUUCCAUUCCUUAUUUUAUUUUAUAAAAUCAUUUUAA